GGUCGCGCUCCCUGCGCCUCGGAGCGGCGGCGGCGAUGUCGGAGCCGGAGCACCUGGGCGGGAAGCGGGCCGAGUCGGCGCGGCUGCGGCGGGCCGAGCAGCUGCGGCGCUGGAAGGGCUCCCUUACGGAGCAGGAGCCGGUGGCGGCGGGGGGCGGCCGCGGGCGGCACCGCGGAGCCGGGGGGUCCCGAGUCCGCUUCGAGGAGGGCGCCGUGUUCCUGGCCGCCUGCUCCAGCGGGGACACCGAGGAGGUGAAGCGGCUGCUGGGCCGCGGUGCCCGCGUCGACACCACCAACGUGGACGGGCUGACAGCCCUGCACCAGGCCUGUAUAGAUGAGAACCUGGACAUGGUGAAGUUCCUUGUAGAAAAUGGAGCCAAUGUCAACCAACAAGACAACGAGGGCUGGACCCCUCUUCACGCAGUGGCAUCGUGUGGCUAUCUGAACAUAGCAGAGUAUUUAAUUAGUCAUGGAGCUAAUGUGGCCGCUGUGAACAGUGAAGGUGAAGUCCCAUCUGACAUCGCAGAGGAAGCAGCCAUGAAGGACCUGCUUCUGGAACAAGUAAAGAAACAAGGUGUAGACCUAGACCUGGCAAGAAAAGAAGAGGAGCAGCAAAUGCUACAGGAUGCCCGACAGUGGCUGAACAGUGGGAGAAUCGAAGACAUAAAGCAGCCCCGGACAGGUGCCACAGCUCUUCACGUGGCUGCGGCUAAGGGCUAUUCGGAAGUGAUGAGGCUUUUGAUCCAGGCUGGCUUUAAUUUGAACGUCCAAGACAACGACGGCUGGACUCCGCUCCACGCCGCUGCGCACUGGGGAGUGAAGGAAGCUUGCUCCAUCCUGGCGGAGGCGUUGUGCGACAUGGACAUCAGGAACAAGCUGGGCCAGACGCCGUUUGACGUGGCUGACGAGGGACUGGUAGAGCAUUUAGAAAUGCUGCAGAAGAAGCAAACUGUGCUACGAAGUGAGAAGGAGACGAGGAAUAAGCUAAUUGAAGCUGACAUGAAUGGCAAACCUCAAAGCGGACUCUUCACAAACAAAGAGAAGAUCCUCUAUGAGGAAGAUAUGCUGAAGUCCAUGGAGAUGGAGGAAGAGAACAAGGACUCUAGCAGUUCCAGCUCUGAAGAAGAGGAAGAAGCUGAAGAAGAUGAAGUUUCAGAAUCAGAUGCUGAAAAGGAGUCAGAAAGGAAGGAAGAGUCCUUUGCCAACCACUCCAGCCAUGAAACCAGGCCUAGCAUCACUGAGCAAAUACCACCACCAGAGUCCAACUCCUUCACUGCAUCUGCCAGAAGAUUCAGUUGGCUCAACAAGUCCGAUGAGCAGAAGGACGAGUCACCUUCAUCGUGGCGGCUGGGUCUACGGAAGACUGGCAGCCACAACAUGUUGAGUGAAGUUGCUGCUACUCGUGAGGCUCAGAGAGAUAAGACUUCUAUCUAUCGUUCUUCAUCAAGUCCUCGGAUAUCUGCGUUAUUAGACAACAAAGAAAAGGAUAAAGACAACAAGAGCUAUCUUGCCACAAUAGCCCCCAGAAGACUAAGCAGUACAAGUGAUUUAGAAGAAAAAGAAAACAGAGAAUCAGCCGUUAACAUAGUGCGGAGUGGCUCUUACACCCGGCAGCCAUGGAGGGAUGAAUCCAAGGGAAACGAAGCUCCCCAUUCUGGUGCUCCUACUACCUAUGUAUCUACAUACUUGAAAAGUGCUUCAUUUGGUAGAAGUAGUGACCUCAGCAGUCCCUACAUUUCAGCCAGUCGCAAUACAUCUCUAGCUACCUCACCCACUACCACUGGUUCAUCUACCUCACUGAGCGCCCCGUGGCAACCUGCCUCUGCCUGUCCCACACCUCUCGGCGCGAACACUACUGCGUCAGCCCGCCAGUAUACCAGAGCCCCUUUCAGGCAACAAACUGAUUCUGCUGUAGAGAAAAGUACAGAGGGCCUCUCUGCUAGCACCCCCCUAGGUGUAAUCACAAACCGUGCUGUGCUCGGCUCUGCUAACGGUAUUGCCAAUGCCGGUGCUGCCUCAACUACAGGAAAGGACUUCUCAGCUGAGGAAGCCAGGGAGCGCAGAAGGUCAUAUCUGACUCCAGUACGGGAUGAGGAAGCAGAAUCACUGAGAAAGGCACGAUCCAGACAGGCUCGACAGACUCGCAGGUCUACACAGGGUGUGACACUGACAGACCUUCAGGAGGCAGAGCGAACCUUCAGCCGGUCUCGGGCAGAACGGCAAGCUCAGGAGCAGCAAAGUGAGAAAGCUGAGAGCACUGAGCCUGCUGAGGACAGCAGUGAGAGGCAGGAAACCCGGUCACGGUGGAGCAGAAAUACAGAUGAUGAGACUGUCUAUCGGCGAUUAAGGUGCCCAGCACAACCAGACAAACCUACAACACCUGUAUCUCCUUCUACGUCAGCACCUCUCCUUUAUACAAGUUCUUAUCUAACUCGAACAAAUAAGUAUCUAGAUCUUGACUCUGUGAAUCCGGCAGACUUCAGAGGUGCAGCCACAGUGAUGGAGAAAAAUGAGUGCGAAGAUCCAGAUUUAGACGACAGAUCUUCAAACAAACAGUCAAUCCGAGAGAGGAGGCGGCCGAAAGAGAGGCGAAGAGGCACCGGCAUCAUUUUCUCAACAAAAGAUGAUGAUGAUGAAGUUGAUGGAAAUGAGGAAGUGAAGGAAACUCGGCAUGAAAGACUUUCCAGGUUGGAAGCAGCUACAAACCCUACUACUGCCAGUGACUCCUCCUCCUACAGCGAUCGUGCCUCCAGCCGCUCCAGUGCCUACACCCGGAGGGAGAACCGGUUAGCUGCCCUCAGCAGCAGAGCAGAAGAGGAGAGUAACAGGGACUAUAAAAAGUUAUAUGAAAGUGCCCUGUCUGAAAAUCAAAAGCUGAAGUCAAAACUGCAAGAAGCCCAGCUUGAGUUGGCCGACAUCAAAUCUAAGUUGGAAAAAGCAGCCCAGAAACAGGAGAAAACUUCUGACCGGUCUAGCAUGCUGGAGAUGGAGAAAAGGGAGAAGCGAGCCCUGGAGCGGAAACUCUCUGAAAUGGAGGAGGAGAUGAAGAUUUUGACAGAGCUGAAGUCGGACAAUCAAAGGCUGAAGGACGAGAACGGAGCGCUCAUUCGUGUCAUCAGCAAGCUCUCCAAAUAGGAAGCCUGAGCGAAGGCAGGACGAGGAGGGGUGUCCUACACGAGCUGCCAACCCCGCACCAAGCCCUACCCCCUCUUUUCCUCCUGUCAAAAGUACAGCAAGCAUUUCAGCCAUGGGAUCAACGUCACACCUGCCUUGCCCUGCCCUUUGCUGUACAUUCCCUUCCUGCCCUUUUUUCCCCCACAACACACACCCCUGCCAUUUUACGAUUUUUAAUUUAAGCAUGUUGUGGUAUCUCGGACAUUUUAUUCAAGGGAGAAGAGAAGAAACAUAAGGACCAGUUUCGAGCUGCCAAAACUUUUCCUUCCAGAAGCCCGGUAUAUGGCAUUGGACUCCGGUUUGGAGUAGGUAGCUUCUACUUUAAAAAGUGACGCCUAAAGAACUAAUCCGGCACGUCCAAGCCAUUUCUAGGUGGGAAAUGUGAACAUGGGCUGGGACUCUGCGGAUGUGCAUCAGCCCACCUGGGAUGUGGGACUCUGGCUAUAAAGCAAUGCUGUGAAAGCCACCAGAGCUGUAACGGGCUGCUUUGCACAGAGACCUUGUUCUUCUUUUGCCCCGGUAGACCAAGCUUUUUUAUUUAGUGUAAGAUCUGAGAAAAUGAGUGCUGACUCAGCAUGAGGCCCCCAUCCCUCACCCUGCUUUGCCCCCGCAGCCUGGGGGAUGGCGUCCCGCGCUGCGUCCGUCGGGGCUCCUGCCCAGCGCUCUGCAGCCAGCGGCAUCUGCUCGCUGCCUCUGGGCUCUGGCUUCUCAGGAUAACAUCACAGGUACUCGCCAAACCUUCUGAAGGAGAAGCUUGACCCGGUAGAGAUCCUCUGCUGCCUUCACAUGCAUUCGGGUGUGAAUCACUUGGCAGGGAGCUGUGCCCACACAAGGAACCAGCCUCCCUAUCCUGACGGCGUGGGGGGCACCUUCCUGCCAGCUGUCUGUGAAGGCAGAGCCCCUAGA